AUGUCGGUUACCAAUGGCACCUUCUUCAAGCCAUCUGUCUUCACACUAAUCGGGAUUCCAGGCCUGGAAUCAAAGCAACAUUGGAUUGGGAUCCCCUUCUUCAUCUCUUUUUUCCUGGCUAUUGUUGGAAACGGCCUCCUCAUCACCAUUAUCCGCAGUGAGCGUGCUCUUCAUGAGCCCAUGUAUAUCUUUUUAGCUGUGUUGGCAGCUACUGACCUAGGCCUGACCUUGUGCAUUACCCCUAAAAUGUUGGCGAUCUUUUGGCUGCAAUCAAAGGAGAUUCAUUUUGAUUCCUGUCUAACCCAGAUGUAUUUUACUCACACUUUCCAGUGCAUGGAGUCUGGCAUUCUCCUAGCCAUGGCCUUUGACCGAUACGUGGCCAUCUGUGAGCCCUUGAGGCAUUCUGCCAUCCUCACUAAGAAGGUGCUACUCAGCAUUAUCAUGGUGGUGACCAUUCGCGCCUGUGUCAUCAUCAUCAUGUGUCCACUUUUAAUAAAGCUGCGCCUGAAGCAUUUCCGGACCACAGUCAUCUCUCAUUCCUACUGUGAGCAUAUGGCUGUGGUGAAGCUGGCAGCAGAAAAUGUCAGGGCCAAUAAAGCAUAUGGACUGUUUGUAGCUUUCUCAGUCCUUGGAUUUGAUGUGAUCUUCAUUUUCCUGUCCUACGCCUUUAUUUUCCGGGCUGUCUUUAAGUUGCCACAGAAGGAGGCACGAUUCAAAGCAUUCAACACGUGCACAGCCCACAUCUUUGUCUUUCUGCAGUUCUACAUUCUCACGUUUUUUACGUCCUUCAUACACAGGUUUGGCUUCAACGUUGCUCCUUAUGUACACAUUCUUCUGUCCAAUCUGUACCUGCUUGUCCCACCCCUGUUGUAA